UGAGCGAGAGGCGCCUCCCCCUUUCCCCUCCUGGGGCUCCGCGUGGCCGGGCAGCCCCCUUUGUCGACCCGCCUGCCUGGCCCUCCGCCCGCCCCCUCGGGCCACAAGGGCGGGCUUCGCUCUGCUUUGGUCGCCUGUGUUGUUGUUGUUGCUGCUGCUGCUGCAGCCGCCAGGCAGAGCCUCCGCGGUGAGCCCGUCUGCAGGCAGCGCUGGCUCCCUGGCCCGCCCGCCGCCGCCCGCGAUGUCGCCCAACCCGCAGCAGCCGUACUUCCGCUCGGACAGCAGCGACUCCGCCGCCCGCAUGCUGGCCGGGGCAGAGCCGCCCGAGAAGCGGUGCCGCCGGCCGGCUCAGCGCUGCAGCCCCCUCUGGCUGGCCGUGGCCGCCAUGGGCAUCGUGGCGCUGCAGAUCGCCUCCGCCACCGGCCUCUUCGUCUACUUCUCCAUGUCCAUCGCCAAGCUCAAAUCCCAGGCCCAGGGCAGCUCCGAGGACCUGAGAUGCCUCCUGCUCCUCAACAGACUGCAGGAACUCACGGACCUCGAGGAGUUGAUGGGCAACCAGGCGUGCCUCAAGCUGGCCGGAAACAUCAAGGACUACGUGGCCAUGGUGACGGAGAAUGUUAUUCGGCAGAGCGUCGAGAGCGAGGCCUCCAGGAAGCACACCAACUCCUCCGCUGAGCGGCUGGUGAGCAGCCAGUCCAAAGACAAGCCUUCGGCUCACCUCACCCUCUGGGGACAGAGGUCAUCGCGGACAGGAAGCCCGGGAGCCUCUGGGGAGCUCCAGCAGUCCUGCAAGUACCCCCUUCUCCACUGGGCCAACCGGACCAUCCACACGCACCUCCAGCACAUCAGCUACCAGGAGGGCAAGCUGCACAUCGUCCGGGCAGGCAAGUACUACAUCUAUGCCCAGAUCUACUUCCGCUACCCCACCGAGGCCAGUGACGCCCAGGCCUUGCGCCACCCGCUGGUACAGUGCAUCAACCUCCAGAGCUCUCCCGGGCAAGCCAUCCUGUUGCUGAAAGGCGUGGGCACCAAGUGCUGGAUGCAGAAUGCCACCUACGGGCUCCACGCCCUUUACCAAGGGGGCGUCUUUGACCUCAAGGCAGGCGACCAGCUCUUCGUCUCCGUCUCCUCGCUGGACAUUGACAACAGUGAGUCGGGCAGUUACUUUGGAGCCUUCUACCUUGGUGCAUGAAGCGAGGGGGACACUUUCCGCAGCUGCCGCCUGCAGGGAGACCCCAGACGCAACAUUGGGGUGGGUUUCGGUUAGCCAGUGACUCCUUGGACUCCUGAUUCCGACUUCCAGCUGGCAGGCUGUGCUGUUUUGCGGCAACACCCCAGACCUCCUAGGUCUGUUGCUGGGGGGGAUGCUCAGAAGCUGCAUCAACAUUCUUUGCCAGUGGCCACCCUAAAGACUGUUCCCCAAAGGCAAGAGCCGGAAUUAGAGGCCUUUGGGGGCUAAAGCUCUCCAGCCAGAAGAAUAUGCUGUGGAAGAAACUCCAGGAUGGACGGCAAGCAUCUCCUCUUUUGUGGACACCGCUAGACUUCAGAGAUGAGCUUCCUUUUGUCAUCUGUUGCCCCAGGGGGGAUAUAGCAGGUAGGAAUCUGCAAUUGGGUAGCAGGAUUAGGGUACUCAUCAGGCCUCCAACAGGCACACAGGUGGAGAAACAAGCCUUUGGCACUGUUAAGUUCAGGCUAGCGCCUGGUGUGGGCCUGGGGAGAGCAGCAUCGAAGAGCUUUCAGGGGAUCGGGGCCCCCGACUGCCUCACUAACCCAGGUGUUCCCCCAGGUGGAAGAAGUCAGUCUGUUCCUGCAGGUUCGGCUGCUUUGGGGUUCUUCACUUGCCGACCUUCUCUGCCCUCUUGACUCGCAUUGUAUUGGAGCGAGUCACGGAGUCAGGAUUCACAGCUAGCAGCCUUGCCAGGAAUGUAGGCCAGUGUGUCACUCCUGCGGCCAUCCCAGAGUGCGCAGAGCGGGGAGCCCCAGGUGCCCACUGACUUGCUCUCCCCGUAGCGUCUGGGCUCAGGUGCACACAGAGAAAUCCUCCAUAUGUCACCCAGGGUGUGCCACUGAGGGGAGUGUCCAGUUUGCUCCAAUCACCUAGGCCGAAACUGCUGUGGCUGGAUGACCUGGGCGGGUGGGGAGGAUGGCGAAGAAGCCCAGAGCCUGGCCUCAAAGCCUUUUCCAGUGACCAGACGUUGGAGGGGGCAGAAGUCGCCCUGGCAGCUGAAGUGCCUGGGAAGCGGAGUGGCUGGCUGGCUUUGCCUUCUUCCUGGGAACUUCGCACCAGCACCCAAAAGAUGGAAUUCUGGGCAUUUAAAAGAUGGAAGAUGCAGGUGUCCACAUCAUCAGGAGCUCUGAUUUUGACGGGGUAAAGACUCACAGCUCCUAAAUGCCAUGAGCUCAGGAGUCUGGACAGGCCGAGGCACAAGAGCAAAUCGGGUUUUGCAGGAAUGUGAGAAAUGCCAGCCAACAUUUCCUCCUCUCGGGUGCAGGAAGUGAAUCAAAGACGACACCCGUCAUCCCUGUGCCUGGCUGUCUGUUCAGAGGCAAACGUUGCCCAAGAGAACUUAGUCCUGAGCAAGAUCAACCUGCAGUGCCAAGAGGACGCACCCCAUCUUGAGGGCAAGCGGUGCAGAGCACCUUUCUGCCCUCUUUCCGUCCCGUCAGGCCCUCUGCUUUGGCUCUGCAGUCCCAAACCCAUCACCUCGCGGGUGGAAAGAGCCACCUGUCAGGCCUUCUGCCGUCUCCCCUCGCUCUAGCAAGGAGGAAGCUCCCAGCUGUCCUUACCCACAGGAGUGCAACUCUGCCUCCUCCCUCAAUUGAACUAUUUGCAGCGGAGGACAGAAAGAGCACACAACCAGCUCUGUCUUUUCCUUCCCGGCAGUUGGGGUUCCAGAGUGGGACCCAGCAGGCAGGAAUCGGGGGACAGUGAGCCCCUGGAAUAGGUGCUGGGUUGCCACCCUUGUGUAGUGGCUCUGCUCUUGUGCCUUAAACGGCUGCUGGCAUGCAGAAAUCAAAGCAGCUGCAGCUUCUUUCCCCCUCACCACUUCCAAAGACACGUCUCCCCCAAGGAGGAUCCGGGGUCGGGGGAGAGACAGCAACCCUCACUUCCCUCUUGUGUGCUUGGCCUUAUUCAUGAUCUAAACUCAGUUUGCAUCAGAACAAACGUGAGCCCCCUUGUGCUGUGAUUUCGGCUUAACCACUGCCGCCCCCACCAUUUCAGUCUGCUUGACUGCAGCAGUGGAUGCAACUCUACUGGGUAAAUGGCACCUAGCUGCAGGCACGCUCAGCAUUCCACCCUGAGCCUGUUAAAGCUGCCUUAGGCAGAAUAUCCUGCACACUCUGAAAGCCACGGUUGCCUCUUCAGUCUUUCCUUCAACCAAGGGCACACACCCAGCCUCCCCAGCAGCUUGCUCGCGGGGUGAACCGCAGCUUGGACAUUUUUCCUAGGAGUUGGUGCGUGAACUUGCCUUCCUGGCAUUCCAGCCCAUGGCUCUGCUUUGCGUGUUGCAGCUGGGCCCAGGCUGAAGCAGAAGCCCUGGAGCGGUCGAUUCUGCCCGAGGGGGGGCUCGCCUUCCCGAUAGCCAGUUACCUUGGGCUAGGAGUUAGGGGAUCUGCCUUCCCCCAGAAACGUGGGCCAGAAGGAGGAAGCUAUAAUCUCAACAGAGAACGGAAACCAGGCUCCAACCUAGCUGCCUGUUUCAAGACAGCACCGGGCCAGGAACCAGGAACAGGACAGGACACUCAAGAGUGAAAGCAGACAUGAAGAUGGAGGGUUAGCGAUGCCAGCCAAGCUGUCUGGCAGUUGAUUUGCUUUGCACAGGGAGACGAGCAACACUGCAGACAACACCAAGAUAGCAAAGCUUCAGAGAGAGUCAGUUUUUCAGAUUUAUCUGCACCCACUCGGGAAAAUGUAUGAAAGCAGGCAGAGCAGUGGGAACCUGGGAAUGGCAGGGCUGUGGGUGUCAGCAGUGUGUGUGCUUGGAGGUUGCCCCAGGAAGAAUCUCAGGAAGUCAAGCACACUGAAAGAUUUCCGGGCAUGAACUGAGCCAGCUCACACGCUUGGGGUGGAGGGCGCAACCAAGAGGAAUAAUGGAGACAUCCACUUUGGGAGAGCAACUGUAGCCUAAACAACUUCUGGCUAAAUGACUUUUAGGAAUAGCCACAUCUGUCAGUCCUCUUGGGUAGAGCUGGGUAGGCAAACCCUGGGGGCGCAUUCACUGUAAUUCACAAGAAAACUGCUUAUCCAUUUCAGGGCAGGAGUUCAAGAGAAUCGUGGAGAAAGGGUUUUUGCUCCUUAACUUGCAUUAAAAUGAGAUUCUCUUGGCAGAGGGACUCUGAACAAAGAUUUUGAGACUCAGUCGAGCAAAUUGAUUUCUGCAGCGGUGGGGGGCGGGGUUGGAGGCGUCCCUCAGCCUGGUAUGCAAAGUCUCACCCACCCACCACCAUGGUUUCUGCAGUUUGAGAGAGGGUCAUCUCCCCACACCCCACCACUUCCCUCCCCCCCAAAACUUGUUAGAGAAGAAUUAAAUUAAAUAAAGCAGGAGGUUUAUUCGGUUCUCAAUGUUUCUUUUACUCCCUCAAGGACUUUCCUUUCCCAAUGCCACUUCAAAGAGGAUUAUAUCAUAAAGUCUUUUCUCCUAAGAUUAAAUUUCCACAGAUUAUAUAGUGCAAUUGGUUAUCUUGUAGAAAAAAUAAAACAUGAUUAUCGUUAGCUCCAUACAGGAAAAAAAAACUCUGAAGACAGCUCCGGGUUCUCAGUGAAAACGAGAAGCAACACUUUAGGAGUCCGUAGAAUAAAGUUCCUUGGCAGGAGGGAUGAGAAGCACCCCUCCCCCAUGUUCAAUUGAACAAAAUGGAGUUUGGAUCCUGGUUUGCCAUCUGUGCGAUGUGCUUUAAUACGUCCUUUUUGGUAAUGAUCCCCAGAAGCUUCCUGAAAAAAGAGGGCCCCCCCACGUCACAGAAGGGGUUAGUACAGGAGAAUGCCCUCCCCACAACACCUUUGCCUCUCCCCUGAUGCCAACCCAAAGGCUUCCGACUCCAAAGAGACUUAGACUCAAGUGUCCACGAACAGUGGCACCCCAUUCAUACUUAUUUCUGUCAACAAAAUGGCAGAAAAAGGAUCCAUGCAAGAGUUCAGCAAAGUAGCCGAACAGCAGACCUCUCCAUACUGAAACCAAACCAGCUAGAGCACCCCGACUCUUGGCUACAGCCCCUCCCACAGAACUGCAGCUCCCAGGGUUCUUCAGUGGGGACUGACAUCAGUUCAAGAGGUCCAGACACUCUUUUCAUUUGUAGCAAAGAUGAAAGCCACAAGAAAUCAAAGACUAAUUCUGCCUUAGCCUGGGCCUUUGUAGACAAGAGUGGACUUCAUGAGCUGUUACGUUGAGUUAGCCUCAAGGUGUCACAGAUCUCUUUGCCUUUUUUCGCUCAGUUAAGGAAAUGGCACUUUAAAAACACACACACACACUCUCUCUCUCUCUCUCUCUCUCUAGCUGAGCAUUCUUGCUCAUGGUAAUUCUGCUGCCAGUGUUUUGGUACAUUUCAUUUUUUUGUGUGUGAUUUGUAUAUACAAUAAAUUUUUUCUUCUUCUUUGUCAUUUAUCCAA